GCUGUUAUUUUUUUUUUAUAAAAACAAAAAUAUCUGUUUGUUUUUUUUUUCUUUUUUACAAGUUGUUUGAUUAUUAAUUAUUGGAUUAUUGAUUACCUGGAAAAUAAAUUUUUUGAGUGAUAAAAAUGGACGUGGUACCAAUUCCAACGUCUUCGUCUUACCUGCCGACGGGGUUUUUCUACCCGCUCGUCUUCAUAGCAGCGACACUGGCGUUAGUUCAUUUUUACAUGGAAAAUAUGAGGAUUGUUAAAAUGGGAAAUAAAAUACCAGGCCCCAAGACAGUGCCAUUUUUUGGAAACGCCUUGAUCGCGUUAGGAGUGCACCCGAAAGAUGUUCUCAAUACAGUUUUGCAAUACUUGCAUCACGGAAGAGUAAUCAGAGCAUUUCUGGGUACCAAACUUAUCAUUUUUAUAAUGGACCCACAUGAUGUAGAAAUUAUUUUGAGCAGCAAUGUUCAUAUUGACAAAUCACCGGAGUAUAGAUUUUUCAAACCAUGGUUGGGUGAAGGAUUGUUAAUAAGUGGGGGUGAAAAAUGGCGAACUCACCGUAAAAUAAUAGCCCCAACAUUCCACUUGAACGUGCUGAAGACAUUCGUUCCGCUGUUCUACGAAAACAGCAUCGAUUUGGUGAAAAGAUUGAAAUCUGAAGUGGGAAAGGAGUUUGACGUCCACGAUUACUUGUCAGCUGUGACAGUAGACAUUUUGAUCAACACUGCGAUGGGAGUUAGGGGCAAGAAAAGGGAAAACACUGGCUUUGACUAUGCAAUGGCUGUCAUGGACUUAUGCAACAUCGUUCACCAGCGACAGUACAACAUAAUGCUUCGCAUUGACCAAUUGUUCAAAUUCUCAAAAUACGCUAGCCAGCAAGAAAAGCUUCUCAACACAAUCCACACACUGACAGGCGGAGUUAUCAAGAAAAAGAAGCAAGAGUACGCAGAAAAAGGGGAACUUGCGUACCCUGAAGAAUUCCGUAAGAUUUCAAACAACAACACUAGCAACAAAACAUCAAAAGUUGAAAUCGAAAAGAUAAACGAAUCAAAAAUGCGAUACGCUCGCGACGAUUUGGACGAAAUUGAUGAAAAUGAUGUUGGGGAAAAAAGAAGACUAGCGUUUUUGGACCUGCUUCUUGAAUUGAACAGGAACGGGUCAACGCUAACUGAAGAAGAAGUCCGUGAAGAAGUCGACACAAUUAUGUUUGAGGGUCACGAUACCACUGCCGCUGGUUCUAGCUUCACGUUAUGCGUCUUGGGAGUCCACAAAGACAUUCAAGAUAGAGUUUAUGAAGAGUUGAACGAGAUUUUCAAGGGCUCUGACCGGCCAUGCACGUUUCAAGAUACUUUGGAGAUGAAGUAUCUUGAAAGGGUGAUCAUGGAGUCGCUGAGAAUGUUCCCGCCUGUUCCUGCUAUUGCUAGGGAGCUAAAACAAGAUGUUAAGAUUGCCACUGGAGGUUAUGUUUUACCACGUGGAAGUACGGUAAUUGUGCCACCAUACCAGAUUCACCGUUUAGAGGAGUAUUAUCCAAACCCAGAAGUGUUUAACCCAGACAGAUUUUUACCUGAACAUACUCAAAAUCGGCAUUACUAUGCCUACGUACCUUUCAGUGCUGGCCCAAGGUCAUGCGUCGGAAGAAAGUACGCGAUGUUGAAAUUAAAAGUUUUAAUAUCAACAAUAAUCCGAAAUUACCGGAUUCAUUCGAAUUUGACGGAGAAAGAUUUCAAACUGCAAUUAGACAUAAUAUUGAAGCGGACAGAUGGCUUCAAAAUUGAAAUUGAGCCGAGAAAUAAGUCGACCGUAACUGCAUAAUUAUAACGCACUCAUACUUUCAUUCAC